AUGGGGCUAAGAAAGGCCCUGGCGAGGCCCUUUGUCGCGCUUGUAGCCUCGAUGGACAGCCGCAUCGACCGCAUGGAUGAGCCGCUGAAGCGGCAUAUUCAGCAUCACAACAAGUCAGGCGAGGACCUCUGCGCCAGUGUUUGGCACGAGUACUGGUCGUACCAGAAGGCGCUUCUGUCGUAUCGUAAGACGCGGUUUUUCAGCGAGCUAAGCUAUAUAACCGGGGGAACUUUAUCGGUGGCUAGUAUAGGCGUCAAAGACGUUAUACUCUUCUCCCGCGCCUUCACAAAGUGUUUGUUUAUCUUCAUCAUUUGCGUCCUCAUAGGGCGUCGCUCCGUGUUUCCGUCGUUGGAGCCCACAUCUGUCUUUGUUGAGGAAAUCAACAAGAACUGGCAACCCAAUCACAAACGCGGUAUGGUGCUUAGGCAUAUGUAG